GUGGUCAGUAAUUGAGUGGGACAAUGUAAAAUAUUUAUGGACAUAACUAUAUGAAACAUAGAUUGGUACAGUUACUGAUCAAGUAAACACAUUUUAAGAAUAUGGAUUUUGAUGAGUGGAAGGUCUGGUUACAGAAGCUUGAAGAAUCUCAGGCAAAAGUGGAGAAGAUGGCAGCUAACACAGACGAGGCCUACUUUCAGAGCUACAGCAGUCUCAAUGUCCAUGAGCUUAUGAUUAAAGAUAAACCAAGGACUGAAGCUUACAAGGAGUUCCUGGAGGAAAACGUACAUCUCAUUAAAGGCAAGACUGUGUUAGAUGUAGGAGCAGGGUCAGGGAUAUUGUCACUGUUUGCCGCUCGGUGUGGAGCUAAAAAGGUGUAUGCAGUGGAGGCAAGCGAUGUGGCCAAAACUUGUAAGGAAGUGGUUGAAAGAAACAAGUAUGACAAUGUGAUAACAGUUGUCAAGGGGAGGAUUGAAGACAUUGAUCUUAGCGAAAAAGUUGACGUCAUAAUAUCAGAAUGGAUGGGGUUUUACCUUCUUCAUGAAUCUAUGCUGGAUUCCGUGAUUUAUGCAAGGGAUAAGUGGUUGAAACCUGACGGUAUAAUUUUACCAUCACAUGCAUCAAUAUAUGCAUGCCCUGUAAAUAUGAGUGAAUUCUGUAAGGAGAAUUUUGAAUACUGGGAGGAUGUUUAUGGGUUCGAUUUCUCACCAUUUCAAGAGCAGGCAGUAGCAGCACAUCUGCAGCAACCAGCAGUUACAUGUUUAAAGGAGGAUCAGCUGUUGGCGGAGUUUAGCACUGUACUAGAUAUUGACCUAAAAACCGUUAAAAUUAAUGAAGUUCAAGAAUUGGAAGAAAAGUUUGAAUUCAAAAUCACCCAGAACUCAAUUUUACAUGGCUUUGCCUUUUGGUUUAAUGUUCGCUUUGACCCUGUUGUUGUUAAUGACAAUUUGAAUGUUGUACAAAAUGUACCUAAUGAGCACAACAGUGCCAUAAAUGGAAAAAGUAGUGAAAAAUCUGAAAGUAAUGAAGAAAGAACUUGUAAAAACCGUCAUGUCAGUGCCCUUACAUUGGACACAUCGCCAUUCUCUGAGGCAACUCACUGGAAACAGACCGUCUGCUUCUUGCCCAGCACUGUAGCUGUAGAAAGGGAAGAAACUAUUUUUAUAAAAGUCUCUCUCAGCCAAGACAGUGAAAAUAAACGCCAUUAUAAUAUCUCUUUAGAGAUGCUAGAAAGCCUUAAUGACACUGAUAAUGAGAUUGAUGAUGAUGAUGAUGACUUGGAGGAGGACACGUCCAGACAUCCGAUACCAUGCGACUGUGGGUCAGGACGAUGUAGAAUCAUCAGUGCUAUCAUUGAAAAGUAUGAUGAAGAACAGACAGAACUAGAAAUGGAGGCGGAGUUUACAGAUGUUUCAGCCGAGGUGCAGGCUGCUCAGAGCUUGGACAAUGAAAAUUCGUAUAUUGAGUCUGAUAGUACAGGGAAUGAAGAGUCACUUGUGAAAGAUAAAUAAUUGUGGUAGAAUGUACUGAACAAUACUUUUAAUAGACUUUAAUAGACAAUACAGCUGUUGAUAAGAACUUUGUUAUUUAAUAUUAUAUAAAUAAGUAAAAUCAACAGUUAUAAAUAGUUGUUAUUUGGGGUUUGAAAUACAAUUGAAGUAUACAGUUAUAAAUAGUUGUUAUUUGGGGUUUGAAAUACAAUUGAAGUAUAACUAUUAAGCUACGGUUCUACGGUUAUUCAAAAGUGUUCUAAUAAAACUAAAGCAUAAACUAGUCAAAAGUUGAGUGAUACUCAAAGACACUAACUCCUACUGGUACAUGUACUUCUGUUUUGUUGUAAAUAUGUAGAAUAUUAGAGUUGGCAUUUAUGUUUUUAAGAAAUACAUGUUAUUCAAUUGUUGUGGCAUUUAUUGACUAUUGACUUGAUUUACUGGGGGUACUCCAUUAGUUACUGUAAAAUCAAAUUUUGUUCAUUCAACAUUUUUUUUUUAAAUUUUAGUAGUUUAGUCAAUACUGAAAGUCUGAGUUAGUUUUCUUAAAAACUACAAAGACAGCAGUAUUAGUUGUUCUGAAGAUGUUGCGUUUAUCAGAAUUAUGAAAAUAUGAAUACAUUGGAAUGAUUUA